AUGGUCAGCGCCCCGCUCUUGUCCCGGUUCACCGGGCCGGAGGUCUCGGUGGCGCCCCCUGCUGCCGCCGCCCGUCCCUUCACCUGCGGACAGACCCGUCCACGUAAAUGCAGCAUCAACUCUGAGCUGGGAACACUGACCGCCUUCUCCUUUUUGGGCAUUUGUCUGUUGCUGGAGAACCGUCUGCUUUGCUGGCUGGUUCCGGGCAGAGCGGGUUUGGACCCGGACAAAGCGGCCGAACCGCCACUGAGCUCCAGGAAAGACUCAGUGAAUGGGAGGAGAGGCCGCACGCCUACAAAAGCGGGCCGGCCCGCGGCCGUGCACGCAGUGUGUGACAGCAGGCAGGCGGGCACCAUGGGGAAGGGCUUCUUCAUCAGUAAAACCGUUGGGAUCGUGGGGAUCGUGGUGGGGGUGGCCGCCCUCUCCACCAUCAUCGCUCUGUCGGUCGUCUACUCUCAGGAAAAAGCCAAAAACAACGGCGAUAAUGGAGGUGUGUCGACCACAUCCGGACCCACCACCGUCCCCGCCACCGUCCCCGCCACCACGCCGGCCCCCUCCAACGAGACCUGGGACCAGUACCGGCUGCCCAAGAGUCUGGUGCCGGACCACUACAACGUGACCCUGUGGCCACGGCUGACGCCUGAUCCCACUACCGGCCUCUACAUCUUCACUGGGGAGUCCAGCGUCCGCUUCCAGUGUGUGGAGGACACCAACCUGAUCCUGAUCCACUCCAACAGGCUGAACUACACCCGGCUGGAGAACGGCCACUGGGCCAUGCUCACCGCCGUCAGCGGGGCGGCGGCCCCCCCCGUCUCGUCUUCCUGGGUCCAACACGUCACUCAGUACCUGGUUGUGCAGCUCAAUGGGAAUCUGGUGAGGGGCCAGUGGUACCACCUCUACACCAAGUUCACCGGAGAGCUGGCUGACGACCUGGGAGGCUUCUACAGGAGCGAGUACAUGGAGGACGGGGUCAAAAAGGUCGUCGCCACCACCCAGAUGCAGCCGACCGACGCCAGGAAGGCCUUCCCCUGCUUCGACGAGCCGGCCAUGAAGGCCUAUUUCUACAUCACUCUCCUCCACGCCCACGGGACGGUGGCUCUGUCCAACGGCAAGGAUAUCGAAACAACUAACGUCACAAUGGACGGCCAAAGCGUGCAGAGGACAGUGUUCGAGCGCACAGAGAAGAUGUCCACCUACCUGCUGGCCUUCAUCGUCAGCGACUUCGCUUUCAUCGGCAGCACCACCGAUGGAGUUUUGAUUCGCAUCUUUGCCCGUCGACCUGCUAUUGCUGCUGGCCAGGGAGCCUACGCCCUGAACAAGACCGGCCCCAUCCUGAAAUUCUUUGAGGAGUACUACAACUCCAGUUACCCUCUGCCCAAGUCUGAUCAGAUCGCUCUCCCUGACUUUAACGCUGGAGCCAUGGAGAACUGGGGCCUGAUCACCUACAGAGAGACCGCGCUGCUGUACGACGAGAGCUUCUCCUCCAACUCCAACAAGGAGAGGAUCGCCACCAUCAUCGCUCACGAGCUGGCCCACAUGUGGUUUGGAAACCUGGUGACUCUCCGGUGGUGGAACGACCUGUGGCUGAACGAGGGCUUUGCUUCAUACGUGGAGUACCUGGGAGCCAACGAGGCCGAGCCCACCUGGAACGUGAAAGACCUCAUCGUGCUCAACGACCUGCACAGGGUGUUUGCCAUCGACGCCCUGGCCUCCUCCCACCCGCUGUCCUCCAGAGAGGAGGACAUCCAGAGGCCCGCGCAGAUCAGCGAGCUGUUCGACGCCAUCUCAUACAGCAAAGGAGCGUCAGUCCUCAGGAUGCUGUCCGACUUUCUGACGGAGGAGGUGUUCAGGAUGGGACUCAGGACGUACCUGAACGAGUUUGCUCUGGCAAACGCCAACUACACCGACCUUGGCACCAACCUUCCCACGAGCGUCACCAACAUCAUGAACACCUGGGUGCUGCAGAUGGGCUUCCCGGUGGUCACCAUCAACACCGCCACCGGCGCCGUCUCCCAGCAGCACUUCCUGCUGGACCCGGACUCUGAAGUCACCGCUCCGUCCCCUUACGACUACAAGUGGAUCGUUCCAAUCAAAUGGAUAAAGACGGGAACGGUCCAGGAUCCCGUGUGGCUGCAGGCUGAAUCAGCCACGGUUGGAGCGAUGAGGGCAACGGGCAGCGAAUGGGUGCUGGCCAACACCGACGUGGUCGGUUACUACCGGGUCAACUACGACCAGGCCAACUGGGAUAAGCUGCUGAAUGCUCUGAUGACCAACCACCAGGCCAUCCGAGUGAUCAACAGGGCUCAGCUGGUGGACGACGCCUUCAAUCUGGCCAGAGCGCGGAUCAUCUCCACCAGCAUGGCCCUCAGCACCACCAAGUACCUGCACAACGAGAGGGAGUUCAUGCCCUGGGAGUCGGCCAUCGACAACCUGGACUUCUUCUACCUCAUGUUCGACCGCAGCGAGGUGUAUGGACCCAUGCAGGAUUAUCUGAGGAAGCAGGUCACCCCUCUGUUCCAGCACUUUAAGACCCUGACAGGAAACUGGACCAAUGUGCCCCAGGGACACAUGGACCAGUACAACCAGGUGAACGCCAUCAGCGUGGCCUGCAGGACCGGCCUGGAGGAGUGCCAGACCCUGGUCAGGACCUGGUUCCGACAGUGGAUGGACACCGGAGUCAACAGGAACUCCACCAUCGCCAGCGAGGCCGAGAAGCUGAGGGCCGCCCUGGCCUGCAGCCGCCAGCCCUGGCUGCUCAACAGGUACCUGGAGUUCACUCUCCAGCCGGACCUGAUCCGGAAGCAGGACGCCACCUCCACCAUCGUCUACAUUGCCAACAACGUGGUUGGUCAGUCUCUGGCGUGGGACUUCGUCAGGGCCCGAUGGUCGUACAUCUUCUCCGAGUACGGCGGCGGCUCGUUCUCCUUCUCAAACCUCAUCAACGGAGUCACAAAGCGCUUUUCCUCUGACUUUGAGCUUCAGCAGCUGCACCAGUUCAAGGCCGAUAACUCUGAGGUCGGUUUCGGCUCGGGGACGCUGGCAGUGGAUCAGUCCAUCGAGAGAACCCAAGGCAACAUGAAAUGGAUCGCACUGAACAAGCAAAACGUUCUGUGCACGGGGCAGAUGCUUAUCUCGGUCAGAGCGGCCAAACGCACCACAGACACUCCUCUGCGUCCCAGCCGGAGGAGGAAAAACAGCCCCAGCUCGGCCCGGAGCGCGAUGACGAGGACCUGCAAGGUCAGCAAGCUGCGCGUGCUGUGCGCGCUCCUCGCGCUGCUGUCCGUGGCGACCAUCGUCACCCUGUGGACCAUCGCCCUGACCGGAGGGGGCCCCGAGGACCCCCCGGCCCCCUGGGACAGGUACCGCCUGCCCUCGGCUUUGGUCCCUGGACACUACAGCAUCACUCUCUGGCCUCGGCUCAGACCUGACCCAGACUCUGGCCUCUACAUUUUCACAGGAUGGUCCACUGUGCAGUUCGAGUGCCAGGAUGCCACAGAUCUGAUCCUAAUUCACUCCAACAAACUGAACUACACAGAAAUGAACAACACACAUGCUGCAUUGCUCACAGCUGAAGGAGGUGCAUAUGCUCCCAGCAUAAAGUCCACCUGGUUCCAGCCAGAGACUCAGUAUUUGGUCAUCCAGCUGAACGGGAAGCUGACGUCCGGGCAGAAGUACCAGCUCUACACCGAGUUCAGGGGAGAGCUCGCGGACGACCUGGCAGGAUUCUACAGGAGUGAAUACGAGGAAGAUGGAGUCAUAAAGAUUGUUGCCACCUCUCAGAUGCAUCCGACUCAUGCCAGGAAAACCUUCCCCUGCUUCGAUGAGCCAGCCAUGAAAGCCAUUUUUAACGUGACCCUCAUCCACCCGCCGGGAACUGUUGCCCUGUCCAACGGGAUGGAAGCAGAUGUUGAAAAUAUCACUAUUGAUGGAGAAAAUGUGGUGAUGACAAAGUUUGAACCCACCCCGAAGAUGUCCAGCUACCUGCUGGCUGUGGUUGUGUCCGACUACGCCCGCCUGCGCUCCAUGCAGGGAGGCACUCUGGUGCGGAUCUGGGCCCGGAGGAAGGCCGUGGAGCAGGGACAGGGAGGCUACGCCCUCAAUAUCGCCCUGCCGGACUUUUACUUCGGCGCCAUGGAGAACUGGGGUCUGGUGACCUACAGAGAAACCAACCUCCUGUACGACCCCGAGAACUCCUCCAAUGGAGACAAGGAACGAGUGGCCACCAUCAUCGCCCACGAGCUGGCUCACAUGUGGUUUGGGAACCUGGUGACCCUACGCUGGUGGAACGAGGUGUGGCUCAACGAGGGCUUUGCUUCCUACGUGUCCUACCUGGGAGCCGACCACGCCGAGCCCAGCUGGAACGUGAAAGACCUGAUCGUUCUGGAGGACGUGCACCGAGUGUUCGCGGUGGACGCCCUGAGCUCCUCCCAUCCGCUGACCUCUGCGGAGGACAGCAUCGUCCUGCCCGGGCAGAUCACCGAGCAGUUUGACACCAUCUCCUACAGCAAGGGCGCCGCUGUGCUCAGGAUGCUGUCUGACUUCCUGUCGGAGUCGGUCUUCAGGCAGGGCCUCUGCGCUUACCUCCGACACUUUGAAUACAGCAACACCGUCGGGAGCGACUUGUGGAAACAUCUACAAACGGCGGUGAAGGACAGCAACGUUUCUCUGCCCCGACCAGUUGGCGACAUCAUGAACCGCUGGGUGCUUCAGAUGGGCUUCCCGGUGGUCACCAUAGACACAAGCAAGGGGAUGGUUUCCCAGGACCACUUCCUGCUGGAUCCGGAGUCCAAUGUCACGGCCGAGUCGCCUUACAAGUACGAGUGGGUGGUUCCCGUGCGCUGGAUGAAGGAUGGCCACGUGCACGAGGACAUCUGGUGGCUGGAGCACAAAGAAGCUGAGAACUUGGACAUGAGGAGCAGGGGCUCGUGGGUUCUGGCCAACGUUAACAUCACCGGGUACUACCGGGUCAACUACGACCUGGGGAACUGGGAGCGGCUGCUCGCUCAGCUCAGCUCAGCCCAUCAGGUGAUACCCGUCAUCAACAGAGCUCAGCUGGUGGACGAUGCCUUCAACCUGGCCAGAGCUCAGAUAGUCUCCACAACCUUGGCCCUGAGGACCACCUCCUACCUGGGGAAGGAGACGGAGUUCAUGCCGUGGCAGUCUGCGCUAGACAACCUUCACUAUUACGAGCUGAUGCUGGAUAGAACCGAGGUCUAUGGGCCCAUGCAGGACUACAUCAGGAAGCAGGUGACGCCCCUCUUUCUGCACUUCAAGAACAUGACGUCAGACUGGACCCGUGUUCCUGAGAGGCACACUGACCAGUAUAACCAAAGGAACGCGCUUCGGACGGCCUGUCGGACCGAACUAGCAGAAUGCCAGAACCUGACCACCCUGUGGUUCAGGCAGUGGAUGGACGCGCCUCAGCACAAUCCCAUCCACCCCAACCUGCGCUCGGCGGCGUACUGCAGCGCCGUGGCGGCGGGCGGCCAAGCCGAGUGGGAGUUCGGGUAUCUGGGGUUCACCUUGAACUCCAGCCUGAUCCGCAAGCAGGACGCUACCGCCGUCAUCACCUCGGUGGCCGCCACCCGGGCGGGGCACAGUGUGGCGUGGGCCUUCCUCAGGGAGCAGUGGGAGUACCUGUUCACACAAUAUGGCGUGGGCUCCUUCUCCUUCGCCUCUCUGAUCAGUGGCGUGGCGGCCAGGUUCUCCACAGCGGCCGAGCUGCAGCAGCUGGAGGACUUUGUGGAGGAGCACCAAGCGGCCGGCUUCGGCUCGGCGGCGCUGGCCGUGGAACAGGCCCUGGAGCGGACCAAAGCAAACAUCAAGUGGGUGGAGCAGAACAAACUGGAGGUUCUGGACUGGUUAAGCAGCCGGACCGGACCUGAUAGGAGCUAACUGACCCGGCUGGACAUGGAGGCAGCAUCCUUGUGGGUUUUUCUUUGAAUGUGGGCAAACAUCUCCUUUGUGUUUGUGUUCUGAUGACAAACCCAAACUGCUCUCAGAGGAACCAUCGACCAAGAGAAAAGGCAGCUGGACUUCCAGAACCAAUGAAUCCUCCUCUGUUUUACUCAAAAAGAGCCAAAUCACAACAAACAUCUCAGAACACUUAAAAGAUUUGGUCCAGUUCGUGUCCAGUUCCUUUAAAAAAUUCACAAUUCAAGACAUUUUUGCUCAGAAAACUCCAAGUUAGUCCAAUUUAUUCAGAACCAAUUCGCAAAGAAGUUUCCUCUCUGGGUAAACCAACAGAUUCUGCUCUCUGAUCUAAUCCCUGUGCGGAUCAUGGUUCAGAACCAGCAGAGGUGCAUGAUGGGAGCUGCCCUUACUGAAGCUCUGGGGUUGUUCUGAGGUCCAAAUAAGCAGGAGGAG